AGCUGGGGAGAGUUGAUUGGCAUUUGCUGCUAGUGAGAGAGAUGCCUGAUGGGCUGAUCUGCUCCGGGACCAGCAGACUGGGUGGACUCGACAGCACCGACUCUCCCACAUCACUGGGACCCUCCAGCCAGCACCCACCCGGGACCCCAGCAGGCAGCAUUUGUCCCCUUCAUCAACAUUAUCCUCUAACUGGGGGACCCCCAUCGGACGAGGACCUUCUCUGUCUCCAUGGUGGUGUAAUCUGCGUCCCAAGGUUCUCUAGAAGGUUUCCUGGUAGGAAAUUCCAUCAUUCCCUUCCAUUGCGGGGGCCCCUCUCCUAAAGUGGGCAGAGCCCCAAAAUUCUCACCAAUAGAAGAAGUCCGGGAGCCUCCAGGAGCCCCAAGACCCGUGUGGGAGAGUUACCUGCCAAGAAAGCUCCCGACCCCUCCUCAAACAUAGGAGUAGAGAUCCUGGCAAAGGUGGGGGCGGAAGAAGCGGGCAUCAGUCAUUGGAUAUUGGGAGCGCCUGGAUAGUGUUGGCUGGCAGCUUGGGGCCCCUGCGGCCCUUGGUUAGUCACCGUUUGUUGGUUUCUGCUGCCCGCCAUGGCAAAGUGGUUCAAGGAUCUUCCUUUGACCCUGAAGAAUGUUUCAGACCGAGCCAAACCUGGGCUCCCAGGGGCCAAAACCCUACCCAAAGCCGGGGCUUCCCGAAAAAACUCCUGUCCGGAGCCUAGUGGGCCAACGGGAGCUCCAGUGAAGAGCAGGAAGAAUUCCUCAUCAGAAGGUCAGAGCAAGAGCUUGAAGGACACUCGACUGUCUCGGGAGAGUCUUCAGAGCCUUCUGCAAGGGAAAGGGAGGAAGAAUUCAAGGGAUGAAGGGGGUGGCCUCCGGGCACCCAAGGGCCACAGCACCUACAUCAAUCGCCUUAUAAAGGUGGACCCAAGCUUGCAGGACAAAAACAGCAGAGAUAUCCAGGAGACAGAAGAGCAACCACCAGAGAAGGACCAGGACCGGCCCAUCAAAGAUGAAACGAUAAUCAUCAUUGAGAAUUACGCCAUCCCGUACGACGCCAAGUGCACCAAGGACCCGAGAGACGCCGAGCGGCUGGGAGAGAACGACGGCUACAUGGAACCCUACGAUGCCCAGCAGAUGAUAACCGAGAUCCGGCGCCGGGGCUCUAAGGACAAUCUGAUCACAGAGCUGCUGCUGCUGGAGUUGGGGCCCCCCUGUGGGCUAAAGACAGUGGUUAGGAGACCCGGCUCCCAGGAGUUGUUGGAUCGGGCCCCCCAGCUCUAUGACACCCCGUAUGAGCCCCCAGACGCGGGGGGUGAGGCGGAGCCGCAGGAGAAUAAGGGGAGCGCGGGGGACGGGACGCGGCCAGAGAAUGACGAGAGACCCGCGGGGGAGUACGAGCAGCCGUGGGAGUGGAAGAAGGAGCACAUUGUCAGGGCACUUUCAGUUCAGUUUGAGAACAGCGAGAGGUCCCCCAGUAAGGAGGAACCGGGGCGCUCACAUCAGAGACAGAAGAGUUGGACCCCCAAGGUUCUGAAGCAGCACCAGGCGGAGCAAGGAGACAAAGUGGACCCCACUGUCCCCCUGGAGAAACAGAGUUGGUACCACGGAUCGGUGACCCGGGACCAAGCCGAGAGCCUGUUGGACUCCUGCCCCGAGGCCAGUUACUUACUGCGCAACAGCGGCUCUGGCAACAGCAAGUACUCCAUUGCCCUGAAAACCAGCCAGGGGUGUGUUCAUAUCAUUGUGGCCCAAACCAAGAACAACAAAUUCACCCUGAGCCAGAUGUGCGGGGCCUUCAACAGUAUCCCCGAGGUGGUGCAUCACUACUCCAGCCAGAAACUGCCCUUCAAGGGGUCCAAACACAUCAGCCUCCUGCACCCGGUGCCCUCCAAGCCCCACUGAGCGGCCAUUUUGGACUGGACUCUUCUUCUUCCCUUGGCUUGAACUUUUCUAUGAGAUCUCCCCCACCCCAAGCAGAGGUCUUCCAACCCCCUGUGAUGCCACCUACUGGCCAUACUCUACACCCCCUGCUGGCCAUACUCUACACCCCCUGCUGGCCAUACUCUACACCCCCUGCUGGCCAUACUCUACACCAACUGCUGGCCAUACCCUACGCCACCUACUGGCCAUACUCUACACCCCCUGCUGGCCAUACUCUACACCAACUGCUGGCCAUACCCUACACCCCCUGCUGGCCAUACCCUACACCAGCUGCCGGCCAUACCCUACGCCCCCUGCCGGCCAUACCCUACGCCCCCUGCCGGCCAUACCCUACGCCCCCUGCCGGCCAUACCCUACGCCCCCUGCCGGCCAUACCCUACGCCCCCUGCCGGCCAUACCCCACGCCCCCUGCCGGCCAUACCCCACGCCCCCUGCCGGCCAUACCCCACGCCCCCUGCCGGCCAUACCGCACACCAACUGCUGGCCAUACCCUAAACCCCCCCUGGCCAUACCCUACACCAACUGCUGGCCAUACCCAUCACCCCCUGCUGGCCAUACCCUACACCCCAAAAUUAUUGCUUCCAAGUCCAGUCUGGACCCUGUGGGGGGGCAGUCGAUAAUUAAAUAUUAUCCAAUUAUCAGGGUCCAGAAACCAAAGCAAUAUGUCUGUCUUUAGAGAGCAAUAUGGCCACCAGGUUGGCAUGUCAUUUUGGUCCAAUGGAAUUUAUUUUCUUAUGUAUAAUGGAAGUGUUGGGGGGCACACCGGGGGUGGGGGUUCUGUUGGAGGUGGGAGUUAUGCCUGACUGUACAGGGAAUGUUGGCAAGUGAUUUGUGGGGGGCAUCAGAGGUUUCUGUACGGCCUUUGGGGUACAGUACCUCCCCCUACUGGUGGGUAGUGGUUCUGCAGAACCAGAGUUUGAGCAGAAGGAGCUCAGCUGUAAGUCGCUGGCCUUGAUUAUUGACCAACGACGUCUGUUUGGUUCCACAUCAGGCCAAGCGGCCAACACUGGGCGCCCCGGUACCGUAUCCGUUGUGGGCGAAAGUGUACGUGAAUGUGUAUUUUAUACACACAGACCCGAUUUUGAAUGUGAUGGGAUAUUUGAAUCCCUGUAGCUGCUGUUGAAACACACUGGCUGCCUAGGCAUGCUGGGAGUUGUAGUUCAAAAGUGCUGUGAGGUUGCAGGGGGCGAUGUCCCCGCAGCCUUUGCUGUGACCGAAUAGAGGGAAGAGUCGUCCCCUUGGGCCAGUGCUUUGCUUCAGUGACCAGCAGAGGGCGCUGUGAUUUAACCAACCCUGUCCCUCCUGAGUUGCCUCCAUGUAUCCAGGCGAAUAAAUGUGUUUGUGCUCACA